CUUUUUGCCCAAACAAAGACAAAAAUUAUUAAUCACUAUUUUCACUCAUUCAUUUCAGCUCCUCCCUCUCUCCUCUUUCUCUCUCUUCAACCCCAGUAGAUUUUCCGACUAGAACCUCUAAACCCAGAAAAAUCAAGGGGAGAUUAUCAGUUUCAACUUUUGAACUAUCAAUUUAUCCAUUUUGACCGGUAGAUUUGUGAAAAUCGAAACAUUCAAUCAUUUCAGGGGAGGACUGUUUUGCAUUUUCAGCUGGAUGCUUAGCCAGUACCUAUAACCUUGCAGCCUUCAGGUUAUAGGGUCGUAACUUCAUGAAGAGUUAGCCUAGAUAUUCAUUGAAGAGUCAAGAACAGUAUGGAUAAAGUACCUCAGGAAUGCCCUUAUCCGGGAUGCUUUUUCUGUGUAAUGAAGGAGGGAAACCCAAGUAAGCGUAGAGCUAACAUUCAUAAAUUUUUCAGAGAACUUCCUUCACAGGAUGAUGAUGGCCAGGUUCUUCCUAUCAGUGGCCUUUGGAACACUGCCAUGGCACAUCCAAAUGACCCUGAGUUCAUUGAAUUGGGAAUAUUUGAAUGCAUGUCGGCUCUUAUAUGGAAAGGCCUAAAGAAUCGUCGGUGGCUUUCUCAUGACCAAAAUAUAUACAUUCCUUACUAUGCUGCCCAUAUAAUUGGUUCGUACACUAUGAAUAUGGAGGAAUUUGCUGAAACUUCUGUUCAUGCUGGAGUAAUCCCUCCAUUAGUAGAACUUCUAAGGGGUAGGCUGACUUGGGUUGAACAAAGGGUAGCAGUUCGAGCUCUUGGACACUUGGCCACUUAUGCUAGUACUUUUCCUGCCAUAGCAAGUCAUGGUGAAAUUCUUGAGCUAUCUAUUCAACUGGCGAUGAGCUGCUUAGAAAUUGUCUACACACAUUUUUAUCAGUAUGUUGACAGAAGACUUAGUUAUCAUUGUGAUUUGCUAACACGUGGCAUGGGAGGAGUGGAAAUGGAGUCUAGGAAGGCAGAGGAAUGGGCAAGUCAACUGCAAUGCUGGUCCCUUCAGCUAAUAAACUGCUUUGCAUUUAAACCUGAGUUCCUUCCUACUAUAUGCAAGCCUGAGUUCCUCUCAAAGCUGCCAGGUAUGUGGGGUGGACUUGUGAAUGAAAACUCACCUGCGGGCAUUGGUUUGUUGCGGACAAUUUGUCAUCAUAAACUUGGCCGGGGACCUGUUGCUAACUGUCCUGGAGUUAUUGAAGCACUGUGCAAUAUUGCUCGCUCCUCAGAUGAUUGGCAAUAUAUGGCUGUUGAUUGUCUUCUUUGGUUGCUCCAGGAUACAAGCACUUGUCACAAGGUUUUUGAGAAGGCAGUGCCUGCUUUACUGGAUCUAUCAGAGAUAUCAACCCUUGGGGAUCACAAAAAAUUGGGAGAUUCCAUUGUUAAUGCUCUUCCGGAAUGUGUUGUUCAUUUCACAUCAGCUGCUGGUCGUAACUCUCUGAGUGACCACAUAAAAGAACAAAUUGAGGAGGUUCUGAGUGCCAGACAAAGAUUGAAGUCCGAGAAGAACAUGCCCAAAGAGGACUUGCAUAUAAAACAGGCAGCUGGCUUGGUGGUCAAGCUUGAGGGGAAUUCACAAUUCUCUGCUGGAAACAUAGCUGGGGCUGCAGCUAAAUAUUCGGAGGCUUUGUCAUUAUGUCCAAUGAGAUCUAAGAAAGAGAGAGUUGUCUUAUAUAGUAAUCGUGCUCAAUGCCAUCUGCUCUUGCAGCAACCCCUGGCUGCUAUAAGCGAUGCUACACGUGCUCUUUGUCUACAUAAUCCUGUCAAUCGUCAUGCUAAAAGCCUUUGGAGAAGAGCUCAGGCUUAUGACAUGCUUGGGUUCGCCAAAGAGAGCUUAUUAGAUGCCAUUUUAUUUAUCAAUGAAUGCUGUCAGUCAAAUGAUCCUGACCUCUCAUUGAGGCAAAAUAAAGUUCCUGACUAUGCUGAGCGUUUAGUUAAAAAGCAAAUGCGUGCAGCUUGGUUAUUUAGGGAAGCAGCUAUGAAGCAUGGAGGGGUUCAUGGCGAGGCUGGUGCUGGUGACAAUUCUGGUCAAGAGACUGAUGAUUCUGAAUGGGAAACAGCCAGUGAAAGUGAUGUAGGAGAUGAAGAUAACCAUGAAAUAGAAAGAGAAGAUCGUGACUGGAACAAAGAUAAAAAACGAAAAAACAAAUAUAAUAAACCUUCUAUUAAAGAUGCUGAUUGUGCAGAGCUGAGCUGAUGGCUAGUGCAAGCAUCGCAGUGCAGAACGCUCUCUCUAGUUUUUGUGGGACUCAGGCACUAAGAAUGUAAUAACAACCCUGCUUGAAGAAUUUGGUUAAGCAUUGAGAUGAUUGAAUCUGUUUCCUGCUUAAGAAUUUGGAUAACAACCCUGCUUGAAGAAUAUGGUGCAAGUGUCACUGUAAAAGAAAAUCAAUCCUUCAUCUUAUUCAAUUUCGAACAUCAUCAGCCCUUGCUGCAGCUGAAGCUGUGGAAUUUGAAGGUGCAAAAGAGGACCUACUCAAGUCACUGUAUUUAGAAGAUGUAAAACAUGUGUCAUAUCUGCAAUUUUUCUUCCCCCUUUUUCCAGAUUUUUAGACAGUUUUGCUCCUUCUAACGGUAAAACCAAGAAUGGCGCAUUUGUGUGAAGAACAUCUAGACUGAAGCGAUUGUGUUGCUCUCAAAAUGAGCUCUUUUAUCUCCCCCCUACCCCCCCCUCUCUCUCUCUCUCUCUCUCUCUCUCUCUCUCUCUCUCUAUGUUUUUGUAGUGGUGUAAGAGAAUAUUGUAUAUAGAGUCUUAGUUGGGUGUGUGUUUUGCUUUACAUUGCUAAAGUAAUUUUGUUUUCCA